CCGAGAAAAUAAACGAAUCAAAGUUUUAUAUAAGACCAAAACCAGUUUCUGCUUUGUCCACCAUCAAACAGAGAAAAUGUUUUCGUUCUGCCGCUUUCUUCAAUCGCAACUCGCCUACUGACUCGGCUUUCUUCGACUCUGUUAGUAACUCGAGUCUCUUCAUCAUGGAUGGUCAAGCUCGUCGGAGACACGGCUCCCGCCACCGAUCCUGGUGUUGUACGUUCAAUGCACCUCCGCCGAGUCCUGAAAACCCACAUUUGUCUCAGCGUUAUCAUAGCAAUAAUAGCAACUGCAAAACCAAACUCGGUCCACAAAAGGCUGAUUCGCUCUCGAAACUCACAACUUCCAUCUCUGUUCCCAACUCACCCCAGAGUUCCAAAUCCGAGUUGAGUAUCGUGGGUCGGAUGGACCCGCGUCGUAUCCUUUCACCCGGACGGGUUUCACCUAUAGACCACGCCGAUUCCUUAGAAGGAGAUCUCCACUCUUCACACGCAGCCCCAUCUGCCGCUGCGGUUGAUUCCAUACCCAGAUCGCGAUCGCAGAGUUUUCGGGCCAAAAUGGAGAGCCCGGAUACAAAUUCGAGUUUGGAUCCUAGAGGGGUCGAAGAAGGGGGAGGAGGAGCGUACGAUGUCAGGCUGAAUUUGAAAAGGAAAAAUGGCGGGGUUAUGGUGCUGGAGCUGAAUUCGGCGGUUUUAGCUUCGAAUUCUGAAGUUUUUGCGGGUCUGAUUGCAGGUUCUUCGGGGAGGAAAAUGUGUAGAAUAGAAGUUCCUGAGGUGGAAAAUUUAGGGGUUUUUAAAGAAACCAUCGAGCUUAUGUUCGAAGAAGAUAUAGCCAAGAGGCUUGUCAAAAUCGGGGUUAACAGAGCCAUUGACAUUCUCGAGGUAGCAGCUGGCAUUAUGUUUCACAGAGGUGUUUUGUCUUGUUUAAAGUACCUAGAAGCUGUUCCGUGGACUGAGGAAGAAGAAGAGAAAUUAAGGAGCCUGUUUACAAGGUUCAAGUUUGAUGAUGCAACAAGUAGAGAUAUCUUGGCUAGAUUAUAUUCUCAGCAAUCAACAGGUACCCCCCAAAAUUUAGCCAGACAUCUUGUUUCAUCCAUCACCACCUGUUCUGAUGCCAAUGCAAGAAACGAGCUGAAGUCACUGGUGAAGGAUCUCCUUAGCAAAAGCUCAGUCUAUGAGGAGCAACCUGACAUCAACAAGGAGGAUUUCUAUGAUGUUUGCCAAUCCUGUUUACGUGUGCUAGUCAACCUGUUUGAGGAGGCUUCUGAUGCUAUACCCCAUGAAAAAAUGGGCAAAAAGGAGAUGGGUAAACCUCUAAUUGCACGCAUCACCAGACAGGUGGAUAAUAUUAACUGGCUGCUGGAAAUCUUGCUUGAUCGACAAAUGGCCGAGGAGUUUGUGGAUCAGUGGGCCCAUCAAGGAAACUUGCUAAAAUUGCAUGAACGAGCAUCUCCCAUGGUAAGGUAUGAGCUAAGCCGUGUUUCAGCGACUUUGUUCAUUGCAAUGGGUACAAGAAAGCUGCACUGCUGCUGGGAGGCGAGGUCAGGGCUUCUCCAAGCAUGGUUUGGGCCAAUGCUAUUGGAUUUUGGUUGGCUGCAAAGAUGCAGAAAGGGACUUGACAUGAAGGCACUAGAGGAAGCUAUGGGUCAAACCCUUCUUACACUUCCUCUGAAGCAACAGUAUGUUCUGUUUAUGGAGUGGUUCAGAUGUUUCUCCAAGAAUGGCACUGAAUGCCCUAAUCUGAGCAAGGCCUUCCAGAUAUGGUGGCGCCGAUCUUUCCUUAGGGGCUCCGAAACACAUGGUGUUGAAUCUAGGUAACCGAGUAAUAUUCUUUUAAUCUUUUGUUUCCCAUUUGUGUGUGAUAUUAGCAUGGUGUAGCAUGAAAGAUUGAUAAACAUCUGCAAGGGAAUGGAUAAUAAUGUAGAAUCUAUGUGAAAUUGUUGUAAGAGGAAACUUGUAUCCUA